CUUCAAUCUCCGUCGUUUACUUGUCAUUUUUCAGUAGUCACUACCGUCUCGGCGUCUCCUUCGACAUUUCUUCCUCUUAACGUACAGUUUCGCUCCUCAAUAUCUUCACUUUCGUCCAUGAAUCACACUAGUCUAAAAUCUCUCUACCAUAACUUCUCUUCCUCCAUCAUUUCAAGGUUCACUUUUUCAUUGAGUUUUGCCUUUGUCUCAUGGCCUUUUUGCUUCGUGGAUAUUCUUAUUACCUUCCUUGCUUCAUGGGUUCUUGGCAUGAUACGUUCUUGUCCAAAGAAGUUUAGAUGGUAAUGGUUAUGGGUUCGUAAAAUUAAGAGUGAGUUUGUUUGACGCUAGAAUUAAUGGAUUCGCUUCUGAAAAAAUGGCUGCCUGGGGUGCCUUCAUCAGUUUCUAAAGAUAACGACGAUCAUGACCUCGAAUACUCCAUUGCUAUGAUAUAUGAUGGUCCUGCUAUAAAUUAUUCGAUCCCAGAAAUAUCUACUUUCGCAAUUGAUCAAAUUCCAAUUGCUUCCGUAGCUUCCAUUUCUUCCGAUAAGCUUUCUGUUCCAAUUAUCCAGCCCAUUGUGAAAACCAGUCAUACAAACCUUGUCCAUGACUCUAAAUCGAACUCCCACUCCUCAACCAUUGAAUUUCCAAACAGAAUUAGUAACUCGGGUUCAUGGGGCAAUGAUGAUAACAAAGAGGAUAGAUUCUUUCAAAGUGAAAACAAUCCCACCAACUCAGAAAUAACAGAAUCAGGUUCAAACUCUCAAUCAGUCUUCUCUGAGAUUUCUUCUUGCAGGGAAGGUGACUGUAAAAACGACACAACGAGACCCACACUUGUCAAACGACCUUCAACUGUAACCUUCCGUGAUCCUGAGUCAGAUGCCUUGAUAGUAGUUAGCGAAAGAUCUGAUGAAUCUCAAGCUGGAAGGUACCCUGUGAGACCAAAAGUUGAGAGAGCCGGGAAGAAAGGUACAUGUCAUCGGUGCCAUAAAGGUAACCGUUUCACUGAAAAGGUAAUUUGCAUUUCUUGUGAUGCCAAGUAUUGCUGCAGUUGUGUCAUAAGAGCAAUGGGGAGCAUGCCUGAAGGAAGAAAAUGCAUUACUUGCAUUGGUUAUCGAAUCGAUGAAAGCAAACGAAGAACCCUGGGGAAAAGUUCUCGGAUGCUGAAGCAUUUGAUGUCUGAGUUGCAAGUGAAGCAAAUAAUUUACGUUGAAAAGUUUUCUGAAGCAAACCAAAUACCACCAGAACUUGUUUGUGUGAAUGGGAAACCUCUAAAUAGGAAAGAGAUGAUGCUACUCUUGAGCAGUUCAAAUCCACCGAAAAAGCUAAAACCAGGUUUUUAUUGGUAUGAUAAGGCAUCUGGUUUAUGGGGAAAGGAAGGUAAAAGGCCCAGUCAAAUUAUAAGCACCCAGUUGAACGUUGGAGGUGUAUUGAAGGAAAAUGCAAGCAAUGGAAACACAAAUGUGUUCAUAAACAGUCGAGAGAUUACCAAACAGGAGCUCUUGAUGCUCAAGGCGGCAGGAGUGGCAUGUGAAGGGCCUAACUUUUGGGUUAAUGCUGAUGGAUCGUACAGGGAGGAGGGACAGAAGAAUAUCAAGGGGUACAUAUGGAACAAGACUGGAGCAAAGCUAGUCUGUUUUGUGCUGUCUCUGCCAAGGCCUCCUAACUCUGUCCCUCUUCGCAGUGAAGCAAGAGUCAACAUUGUUACCCAGCAUUGCAUUGAGAAUAAAACGCUUUACAAAAUUUUACUUGUCGGAUCUGCCAAAUCUGGGACAAGCACUAUUUUCAAACAGGCCAAGCUUCAGUACGACGUCCCUUUCUCCCAUAACGAGCUCCAGAAUAUCAAGCUGGUGAUCCAGAGCAACCUGUAUACCUACCUCGGUAUAUUGUUGGAGGGCUGCGAGAAAUUUCAAGAAGAGAGUUCAUUGCAGAAUAGGAAAAGACGGAUGGUCAAUGAUUCCACCUCGUCUGAGAAUACAGGCAAUACUGUUGAAACAACAGUAUAUUCUAUUGGCCCAAGACUAAAAGCCUUCUCAGAUUCACUCAUCAAAUACAGGAUGUCGGGUAAUUGCGGUGACAUAUUUCCAGCUGCUACAUCUGAGUAUGCAUCUCUUGUAGAGGAGCUAUGGAGGGAUGCAGCCAUUCAGGCAACCUACAAUCGGCAAAAUGAGUUAGAAAUGCUACCAAUAAAUGCAAGCUAUUUUCUAGACCGGGCUGUUGAGAUUUCCAAGACAGACUAUGAACCCUCUGACAUGGAUAUCUUGUAUGCCGAGGGUAUGACCUUAUACAACAGUCUUGUUUCCAUGGAAUUUUCAUUUCCUAAGCCCGUUGAUGAGGACUCCGUGUUCCCCGAGUUUCGGCAUGAUCUGUCCUUCAGAUACCAACUCAUCAGAGUGCAUCCCAGAAGCCUAAGAGAAAAUUGCAAGUGGUUGGAGAUGUUUGAGGACAUGGAUAUUGCCUUGUUCUGUGCAGCCUUAACUGACUACGAUGAGUAUAUUGUUGACAACAAUGGAGUUUCUACCAACAAAAUGCUUGCAGCUAAGCGUCUCUUUGAGAACAUGAUCAGACAUCCAACCUUCAAAGACAAGACAUUCUUGUUAAUACUGACAAAGUUUGAUCUUUUUGAGGAAAAAAUUGAACUGGUGCCUCUAACGCAAUGCGGAUGGUUUUCUGACUUCAAUCCAGUGAUCAGUCACAAUCACGACAGCGCCUGUACAAGUAACCGAAGCAAUAACACCCCACUGGCUCACCGUGCUUUCCAUUAUAUUGCUGUCAAGUUCAAGAAAUUGUUUAAAUCUCUGACAAACCGAAAGCUGUUUGUUUCACUGGUUACCGGUUUAGAACCUGAUACUACGGACGAAGCCCUCCGAUAUGCCAGAGUGAUCAUGGCUUGCGAAGAAUGGAUACCACCACCUUUUAAAAACGACAAAUCAGAGAUUACUUCAACAACCUUCGAAAUCGAGGAAGCAAGUUCCUUCUGAUUCUUGCCCGAAAUAAUUGAUAUACAGGCUGUUUUGUUAGAAGAGUUAAUGUCUAUUCUCAGUAUUCUCAGAAAGUUGGUCGCACAUUCUAGGAGCUGGAGCCUAAAUUUAUGUUUAAGAACUAAUAGGGUAUGUUCUGUUGUAGUUUCCCAUAAACUUUUGUUUGCUUAUACUCGUCUACAAAACACAAAGCAGAGGAAAGAGUUAUUUCUA